AUGACUAACAAUCUUCGUGAACUUCAGAAGCAGGAAAGGAACAUUCGGAGGACUCUCGAUGGUAUGCAGUAUUUCGUAGAUCAUUAUGAAGAGGAGCAGAGUGAUCAGGUGGAAAUCCGCUUGCAAAGAUUGGAGGAGGUGUUCAAGGAAUUCCACACAGUCCGUCGAAGAAUUGAGUUGUUGACGGAUGACAUUGUUCCUGCAGAAGAAACUGAAAUCAAGAUAUCCAAGGAACAACAUCAAGUUCGCAUAGAUGCUGUGAAGAAGGCGAGAGAGGAAGAAAACGUGCAGAUCGUUAUGAAGAUUGAAAACAGCUACUACAACUUGAAGGCUGCUCUUUCAAGGUUAAUGCCGAAGCCUGAUCUUGUUGGAGUUAGACCUGAUGCCCGACCAGUACCGCAAGCCGUUCCAGCCAAUGGUUCGAGAGUAAAAUUGCCUGAAAUAAGACUGCCGAACUUUAGUGGACAACUCAUGGAGUGGGUCACCUUCCGAGACACUUUCCGUAGCUUGAUACACAAUAACCAACAGUUGACAGCUGUGGAUAAGUUCUCGUACCUACGAUCUUCACUGACGGGCGAAGCUCUACAAGAGAUCAACUCGGUGGAGAUGUCCGAAGUAAAUUACGAGGUAGCUUGGACAACACUGGAACGGAGGUACGAAAACAAAAAGUUAAUCGUCAAGGCCCAUUUGGAUUCCUUGUUUGCGGUAGAAGUUAUGAAGAAGGAGAGUUACGAAUCACUGAGUAAGCUGGUUGGUGAUUUCGAGAAACACUUGUUGAUGCUGCAGAAAAUCGGAGAGGAGACCGCCAAUUGGAGCACCAUAUUAGUACACAUGGUUUGCUCGCGCUUAGAUUCCGCUACUCUUCGACACUGGGAGACACAUCACAACUCGAAAGAGGUUCCCACAUACACGAACCUAAUCCAGUUUCUGCGCGGACACUGUUCCGUACUACAAUCAGUCGCUCCCGUGAAGUCCAUCCCAGUCCAGGAGAAACGGCCCAAGCUUGGAGUGAGUAAUUCUGCAGUUCAAUCAUGGAACAAGUGCGCAUUUUGUGGAGAGGCAUUCCAUUCUGCAUUCCGCUGCAUCAAGUUCCUGAAACUGAAGGUUCCCGAACGCUACGACAUGGCACGACGAAACAAAUUAUGCCUCAACUGCUUAUCAGCAGGACAUCAGUCGAAGUCGUGCGUCAAGGGGUCCUGCCACCAUUGCCAACAGAAACAUCAUUCCCUGUUGCACAAUGACUCAAAUCAGUCUGUCAAAUCCUCCGUCUCGUCACAAGCGAAAUCUUCAUCAGCGAACCAACAGCAACACCAGACACAAUCACACACUCAAGGCCAGUCUAUACCCAACCAAACCACUCAACCUUCCACAAGCGCUCUCCCUAUUACACUCUCGCAGAACACUAAACCACUGUUCACCACAAACCAGACAUGCACUAGUCAGAACACAAUUUCACUGUCAAUCAGUAACCAAAACCGUACUCGAGACGUACUGCUAUCCACUGCUGUGGUGUGCGUUAAAGAUCAGUAUGGAGCGACACGACUAGCCAGAGCUUUACUAGAUUCGUGUUCGCAAUAUUGCUUUAUGAGCACCAAUUUCUGUCAAAGGUUAAAACUUCAAGGAUUCCCGGAUUAUUUGGCGGUCCAAGGAAUUGGAGGAUCAAAAUCCAUAUCGCGAAGGAUGGUCAAGGCAUUCAUCUUUCCCCGAUCUGGUGAUAUUUCGUCGUAUACCGAAAACAUGCCGUUCUAUGUGCUACCAGAGUUGACAGCAACACUUCCCGUUCGAAAGGUCAGCACCGGUCAAUGGAUUCUUCCUAGCAGCAUCGUGUUGGCAGACCCGCAGUUCAGUGAUCCAGGACCCAUCGAUAUCAUCAUUGGAGCGGAGUAUUACUUUGAUCUCCUUACCGAUGGGCGCAGCAAGAUAUCAAAAACCGGCCCAACUCUGCAGAACACCGUCUUUGGCUGGGUCGUGUCUGGUCCCAUUCCAAAUCAACCAGUAAAUCCGCCUCAAGCAGUGUCAUAUUCAUGUACACUAGCGGACAUCCAAGACCAGUUAGCACGAUUUUGGGAGCUGGAAUCCUGCAAAUCCAGCAGCAUCCAUUCUGUGGAAGAGUCAUCGUGCGAAGCUGUUUUCGACGAAACAACAACACGGGACAGCAGUGGAAGAUUUGUAGUGUCCCUCCCGAAGAAGGAGUUCGUGAUGCAGCAGCUUGGAGAAUCUGAACUAAUCGCUACUAAAAGUUUUCUCGCCCUGGAAAGACGCUUGGAAGCAAAUCCAGAUCUGAAAGCUCAGUACCAGGAUUUUAUUCACGAGUACGAGCGGCUAGGCCAUAUGAAGCAAGUGGACAUCAACGAUUCAGAUUUCCCGAUAUACUUUCUCCCACACCACGCUGUAUUCAAGCCGGACAGCACCACCACAAAACUGCGUGUGGUGUUCGAUGCGUCUUGCAAAACUUCCACGGGCGUUUCCCUGAACGAUGCGCUAAUGGUCGGUCCAGUCGUGCAAGACGAUCUUUUAUCAAUUCAGCUACGUUUCCGCCUCCAUCGAAUAGCAGUUGUUGCAGACGUCGAGAAGAUGUACCGAAUGAUACUGGUGUACCUGUUGGAUCAACGACUUCAAUGCAUCUUGUGGAGAAACUCACCGAACGAGCCAAUUCGUAUCUACCAGUUGACUACAGUCACAUACGGGACAGCGUGCGCACCUUACUUAGCUACCAAGUGUUUGCAACGUCUAGCAGAGCUUGAGUCCGACAAGUAUCCCGUUGCAGCGAAGGCGAUGAAGAAUGAUUUUUACGUCGAUGACAUGUUGACUGGAGCCGAUGACAUCGAAGCCAUUAUCCGUUUGGUGAAGGAAAUGGUUGAGCUAACCUCCUCGGGUGGAUUUAACUUGAGAAAGUGGAAUUCCAACUCCAGUGCUCUUCUGGCUGAGUUACCAACUCAUCUCGUAGAUGAUCAAUCUGCCUUGGACCUUGAUAUGUCGAACGCUCCUGUCAAAACAUUAGGUCUGCUGUGGAAUACGAGCACUGAUUGCUUCCUAUUUCGGUCACCCGUCUGGAAUGCAGAUGCAGUUAUUACCAAACGAGUUGUACUUGCGGACACGGCUCGAUUAUUCGAUCCUCUUGGCCUGGUGGGACCAGUCGUCAUCAUUGCGAAGAUGUUCGUGCAAGAUUUAUGGAGACAGAAGUGUGACUGGGAUGAAUCGCUACCAGAAGCAAUGCAGAACUUCUGGAUCGAAUACAGGAGAAAUCUCUCGGCUUUAGAUUCGCUUUCGAUUCCUCGGUGGGUGGCGUUCUGCACGGACCUUGCUUCAAUUCAAAUUCACGGCUUUUGCGAUGCGUCCAAGAAAGCCUACGGAGCAUGUCUGUACCUCCGGAGUACCACAUUCAGCGGAUCAGUGGAAGUUCGUCUCAUCACAGCGAAAUCCAAAGUUGCACCUCUAGAGGAUCUCAAGCGGAAGAAAAGGGAACAAACUACACCACGACUGGAGUUGUCAGGCGCGCUACUCCUCAGUCAUCUGUACGAGAAGUUCGUGAGCAGUACCGGUAUCCACCACACAGCUCACUUUUGGACCGAUUCUACGAUCGUGAUGUACUGGUUGUCAUCCUUGCCAUCGAGAUGGCAGAUGUUCGUGGCGAAUCGAGUGUCUGAAAUCCAGCACAUUACAAAGGGAAGUUCCUGGAAGCAUGUAGCCGGUGCAGACAAUCCGGCCGACAUUAUCUCUCGAGGAAUGAUUCCAGCCCAGUUACAGUAUGAAAAGCUGUGGUUCGAAGGUCCUCUGUGGCUUCGCCAAGAUGCUAGUAUAUGGCCGUCGAAUGUUCCAGAAGAAGAAGUUGAUCAAGCACUCCUGGAGGAAAGAAAGAUCGUUGCACUGCCAGCAACAUCGGAACCAGUCAGUGAAAUAUUCAGCCUUCGUUCGUCGCUCUUUAUCUUGGUCCGAUUGAUCGCAAGAAUACGCCGUUUCGUCCAUAAUACACAGCAUAGAGAUGAGAGGCGUACUGCUUUCCUGUCGUAUCCUGAGCAUGAAGAAGCACUAGGAGUCCUGGUUCGACUGGCACAACGAGAAUCGUUUCCGAUGGAAUUCGCUGCAUUGGAGAAAGGAAAGUCUAUCAGCCCGUCGUCAAAGUUGAACAAGCUCAACCCUAUCUUCAUCGAUGGAGUAUUACGUGUAGGAGGUCGAUUAGCAAAGGCACCAGUAUCAGCAAGUCGGAAGCAUCCGAUAAUCCUGUGUCACCGUCAUCCGUUGGCCAAGUUGGUCCUAGACUAUUAUCAUCGCAAGAACUUCCAUUCUGGGAUGCAGCUGCUUGUGUCCACAGUGCGGGAGCGAUUCUGGGUAACACGCAUCAGAAGCCUAGCCAACACUGUCAUUCAUGAAUGCGUCCAGUGCUUCCGUAACAGACCGAAGGUUUUGGAUCAGCUAAUGGCUGACCUUCCAUCCGAACGUGUAUCUCCAGCGCCACCAUUCCUGAACGUAGGCGUGGAUUACUGCGGACCGUUCCUGAUUAGCUAUCCAAUCCGCAGAUCCUUCCCUAGGAAACACUUUGUCGCAAUCUUCGUCUGCCUUGUAACGAAGGCAGUCCAUCUUGAACUGGUGAGCGAUUUGACCAGUGAAGCCUUUCUUGCUGCCUUCAAACGAUUUGUGGCACGCAGGGGAAGACCAGCCCUAGUCAUGUGCGACAAUGCCCUGAACUUUGUUGGAGCCAAGCGUCAGUUGGAUGAAUUACGGCAGUUAUUCAUGGAUCAAGGAUUCCACGAUUCUGUUGCACGCGGAGCAGUAGAGGAAGGAAUAGAGUUUCGAUUCAUUCCGGCAAGAUCUCCCAAUUUCGGCGGCUUAUGGGAAGCCGCGGUGAAAUCGUUCAAAGGGCAUUUCAAGCGCACUAUCGGCGACAGAGUGCUCCAGCAUGACGAAAUGUCUACAGUGUUGCCACAAAUAGAAGCCAUCCUGAAUUCUCGACCGCUCACUCCGAUCAGUAACGACCCGUCGGAUUUCGAAGCGUUAACUCCUGGACACUUUCUCGUCCAGCGACCAUUAACAGCGAUUGCAGAACCAUUGUUGGAAAAUAUUCAGCACAAUCGGCUGUCUAUGUGGCAGCGAGCUCAGGACUAUGUUCAGCAAAUCUGGAAGAAGUGGUCUGUUCAGUACCUUUCCGAUCUCCACAAUAGAACAAAAUGGACCCGCAAGCGCGAUAACAUCUCCAUCGGUACCUUGAUUCUGUUGAAAGAGGACAACCUCCCGCCUCUGAAAUGGAAGCUAGGACGUGUGGUUGACAUCCAUGCUGGCUCAGAUGGAAACAUUCGCGUAGUUACUGUCAAAACGCAAGACGGUCUGUACCGAAGGGCAAUUUCCAAAAUUUGCAUCCUACCGAUAAGUGACAACUUCGAUCUUGCUGCUUCCGAGCAAAAUUAA